UAGGGUUGUCUCCGUCAGUCGCUGCUUCUCUGCGCACAGAAGGCUCUUUUUGAACCCAAAACGGCUUCUUCCAUCACGUGAUACCUGUGUUUCUUGCCCUUCCCUUUCGCUGCAUUUAUACCUGCCAGAGAGAGAGAGAGAGAGAGAGAUGGAGGAGGAGGACAUGGAGAUGGAGGUCGAGGAGGUGUUCGUGGUGCACGAGAUCGACUCCGAGUACGAGUACGAGGCUCCCCAGCACUUCGAUUUCAGCCGCGAGGAGACCGCCGCGGAGGCGCGCGAGGCCGAGCUCUGGUUCGAGUCCGCCAGGAGCUAUCCGCCUUCUCCUUUUGUGGUGAAAUUGAUUCUGAGAGAUGAAAUCCUGUCAAAGAACGUGAACAUCUCUCCAAAAUCCAAAAUGAUGGAGAUUGAUUCUCACGUCCAACUUGGUGAAGCUGAUAUUGGCACUGAAGAACUCGAAGUGGUUCCGAGUAGUAAAGAUUGCAAUGGAAUGGCUAAAGGAAAAGGAAUAUUCACCACGUUUCAGAUUGAAAAUCUACAGAAAUCUGAGAGGCAGCCACUAGGGUAUUCCGAAGGAUGCAGAUCUUAUAAUCACCUGUCAUGCAACAUGAUGAAAGCUAAAUCCAGGACAUCAGUCAAGCCUUGUCCGCCAAGGAUCUCAACUUUAAUGAAGCCAACUGCAAGUAUGCUGGCCAAGCAUAAUCAGCCAUCUCAAGUUGUGAGCUCCAGAUUUCAAAUGCAAACAAGUCAGAUCAGUGGGAAGAGCUUAUGUAGUUCUUCUGCUGGUGAGGGUCAAGCUACUAAGAGGCAGAAGUUAGAGGGAGGUCAUUCGCGGAAGGUCGGUGAACUAAAGCAGCAGACGAAUUUUGUCCACAAAGCAUCUAAAAAGGAUGCAACAGUUGAGAAGAAACCUCAUUUGAAGCUGAGGCUUACCAUUCCUAGGGAGCCUGAGCUUGAAACAGCUCAAAGGGCACAAAGGGCAAGGCCAAGAAACAUGAGUGCCGAGGAACAAUCAACAGUAACUGUACGCAGAUUCAAAGCAAGACCCUUGAAUAGGAAAAUUUUCGAGGCUCCUUCUCUGCCACUUCCAAAAAAGAGCAUUCCGAAAAUACCAGAGUUUCAAGUUUUCCACCUGAAGACCCUGGAAAGAGCUAUGGAGCAUAAUUUAGCAGCUUCAUCAUCCUUGUUGCAUGACUCUGACAAGGAAUUGCUAAAAUCCUGUCCAGCUGCAGAAAAAGAACCCAGGAGUCCGCAAAGAACCAACGGUGUUGAUGCUCCCAAGCAGGAUGGAAUUGGCUCAAUGUAUGCUUUUAGAGCUCAUCCGCUCAAUAAAAAGAUUUUUUCAAGUAAAGGAGAUAUUGGGGUCUUUAGAAAUAAAAAGCGGGAAGCAACAGUGCCUAUGGAAUUCAAGUUCAAUACUGAGAAAAGGAUUCAGCACAAUCCACCGACCGAACUUUUUAGCAAGAUGUCCCUAAAAUCUGAACUCCAGCCCAGUAAUGGAUCUUAUUCUCAGAUAAAAUCGUGUCAGCCCCCCUGCAUCUCGAUGAAGGGUCCAAAAGAAAAUAGAUUCCAUCCUCUACAGCAAAACCUUGAGGUGACCCAUUUGGUGAAAGAGAGAGCUCCCUUUGUGGAAAAGCAAUCCCAAUAUGGAAAUGGCAUUGCCGCUACCGAAGCAGGCUCCAGAUUCAGUGCAAGGAGUCUGGGCAUUCGCUGAUGGCUGAGGGGACAUUGCUGCAUCGAUUAUUUGUUGAUUUUUGCGCUGUUAAAGGAUGGUCACGUGUUGGAAGAUGUUAAUGCUCGUCUGCAUCAUUCGAGUAAUCAUAGGAAGUUUACUCACCAUACAGCUUACCUCGACAACAAAGAGAUGUGCUCCCAAAUGUGAGCUAGCUCCUGUUUUACCUGAAGUUAGCUCAAGUCGGCCAUACC